CGGGCAUUGGAGCUUGAUUGGAUGUCUGUUGAUUUUACGUUGCAAAUAACAAGGCAGCCAGCCCUCUUGUCUUCCUAUGAUUACGUUCCACCGAAGAGGUUCCGAAUAGAGGGAGGCUGAGCUUGGAACUCCCAAGCCUUGGAGAUGCGAUUCCCCCAAAAGUUUUGACAGCGAACGGGAGAUUGAAGGGUGACUGGAAGCGGGCAGGAGCUCCAGGGAUGCUCUAAUGGGGCGUGCGGUGGUAGGAUUUUAAGUCGCUCUGCCUCGGAUUGCCUGCCCUGGGUGAGCUGGACCUGCCCGGGCCGAAUCCGGACUUGCCCUGCUGAAAUGCCCAGGAGUGAUUGUGCUGCAGGGCUGACUCCCAGGACGUGAACUGUUGACCUCAUCCCAGCACCAGAACCCCGGAUGUUAUUCUCAUUUCGGCAUCAUCCCAGGGAUGUUAACUUUCCAUGGGGAAUAAACUCGAACCUUAAGGAUCUGAUGGAAAUUCACUGUGACGUUCAAACAAAACACUUGCUGAAACCCACAGAGCCUUUUUCUCAUGGGCCCCGAUGGUAGCCUCCAGAAGGUGCAGGCUCAGGUGGUCCCCCUUCUUCUGCGUCGAGAAUAAACUUCGGGUCAGAGAUUGCAAUACCACCUGUGGAGAAAAUGGUAUGCGACGGAAAGCGCACAACCUCUUGCCCUUGUUUCUUCCUCUUGACGGCCAAGUUCUACUGGAUCCUCACGAUGAUGCAAAGAACUCACAGCCAGGAGUAUGCCCAUUCCAUUCGGGUAGAUGGGGACAUCAUUUUGGGGGGUCUCUUCCCUGUCCAUGCAAAGGGAGAGAGAGGGGUGCCUUGUGGGGAGUUGAAGAAGGAAAAGGGCAUCCACAGACUUGAGGCCAUGCUUUAUGCAAUCGACCAGAUUAACAAGGACCCAGAUCUCCUCUCCAACAUCACUCUGGGCGUCCGGAUCCUUGACACGUGCUCCAGGGACACCUAUGCUUUGGAGCAGUCGCUGACUUUCGUGCAGGCGCUGAUAGAGAAAGAUGCCUCCGACGUAAAAUGUGCUAAUGGAGACCCACCCAUAUUUACCAAGCCUGACAAGAUCUCUGGUGUCAUAGGUGCUGCUGCGAGCUCUGUAUCCAUCAUGGUGGCUAACAUUUUACGACUUUUUAAGAUACCUCAAAUUAGCUAUGCAUCCACAGCCCCAGAGCUAAGUGAUAACACCAGGUAUGACUUCUUCUCUCGGGUGGUCCCGCCUGACUCCUACCAAGCGCAAGCCAUGGUGGACAUUGUGACGGCCCUGGGAUGGAAUUAUGUAUCGACACUAGCUUCUGAGGGGAACUAUGGAGAGAGUGGUGUGGAGGCAUUCACCCAGAUCUCAAGGGAGAUUGGUGGUGUUUGCAUUGCUCAAUCACAGAAAAUUCCACGUGAACCAAGACCUGGAGAAUUUGAAAAAAUUAUCAAACGCCUGCUAGAAACACCUAAUGCUCGAGCAGUGAUUAUGUUUGCCAAUGAGGAUGACAUCAGGAGGAUAUUAGAAGCAGCAAAAAAAUUAAACCAAAGUGGGCACUUUCUAUGGAUCGGUUCAGAUAGCUGGGGAUCCAAAAUAGCACCUGUCUAUCAGCAGGAAGAGAUUGCUGAGGGGGCUGUGACAAUUCUGCCCAAACGGGCAUCAAUUGAUGGGUUUGAUCGAUACUUUAGAAGCCGAACUCUUGCCAAUAAUCGGAGAAAUGUGUGGUUUGCUGAAUUUUGGGAAGAGAAUUUUGGAUGCAAGUUAGGAUCCCAUGGAAAAAGGAAUAGCCACAUAAAGAAAUGCACAGGGCUGGAACGAAUUGCGCGGGAUUCCUCUUAUGAACAGGAAGGAAAGGUCCAAUUUGUAAUUGAUGCAGUCUAUUCCAUGGCUUACGCACUACACAAUAUGCACAAAGAACUCUGUCCUGGAUACAUCGGUCUUUGCCCAAGAAUGAGUACCAUUGAUGGGAAAGAACUACUGGGUUACAUCAGAGCUGUAAAUUUUAAUGGCAGUGCUGGCACACCAGUCACUUUUAAUGAAAAUGGAGAUGCUCCUGGACGCUAUGAUAUCUUCCAGUACCAAGUCACUAACAAAAGUACGGAGUACAAAAUCAUUGGGCAUUGGACCAAUCAGCUUCAUCUAAAAGUGGAAGCCAUGCAGUGGGCUCCCAGAGAACGCACGCGGCCGCCGUCGGUCUGCAGCCUGCCCUGCAAGCCCGGGGAGAGGAAGAAAACCGUGAAGGGAGUGCCCUGCUGCUGGCACUGCGAGCGCUGUGAGGGUUACAACUACCAGGUGGACGAGCUCUCCUGCGAGCUCUGCCCCCUGGAUCAGAGGCCCACCGCCAACCGCACAGGCUGCCAGCGGAUCCCCAUCAUCAAACUGGAGUGGCAUUCCCCCUGGGCCGUGGUGCCCGUGUUCAUUGCCAUCUUGGGGAUCAUCGCCACCACCUUCGUGAUCGUGACCUUCGUCCGCUACAACGACACGCCGAUCGUGAGGGCUUCCGGGCGGGAACUCAGUUACGUGCUCCUGACGGGGAUUUUCCUCUGCUACUCCAUCACCUUUCUGAUGAUCGCGGCGCCGGACACCGCCAUAUGCUCCUUUCGGCGGAUCUUCCUGGGACUUGGCAUGUGUUUCAGCUAUGCAGCCCUUUUGACCAAGACAAACCGUAUCCACCGAAUAUUUGAGCAGGGCAAAAAAUCGGUCACAGCACCCAAAUUCAUCAGCCCGGCGUCUCAGCUGGUGAUCACCUUCAGCCUCAUCUCCGUACAGCUCCUGGGAGUGUUCGUGUGGUUCGUGGUGGACCCGCCCCACACCAUCAUUGACUACGGGGAGCAGCGGACCCUCGAUCCCGAGAACGCCAGGGGAGUGCUCAAGUGUGACAUCUCUGAUCUCUCGCUCAUCUGCUCACUUGGGUACAGUAUCCUCUUGAUGGUCACUUGCACUGUGUAUGCCAUUAAAACGAGAGGCGUUCCAGAGACGUUCAACGAAGCCAAACCCAUUGGGUUUACCAUGUACACCACCUGCAUCAUUUGGUUAGCCUUCAUCCCCAUCUUCUUCGGUACAGCUCAGUCAGCGGAAAAGAUGUACAUCCAGACAACAACACUUACUGUCUCCAUGAGUUUAAGUGCUUCGGUGUCUCUGGGGAUGCUCUAUAUGCCCAAGGUUUAUAUUAUAAUUUUUCAUCCGGAGCAGAAUGUUCAAAAACGCAAAAGAAGCUUCAAGGCUGUGGUGACAGCUGCCACCAUGCAAAGCAAACUGAUCCAGAAAGGCAAUGACAGACCAAAUGGCGAGGUGAAAAGCGAACUCUGUGAGAGCCUUGAAACCAACAGUAAGUCAUCUGUAGACUUUCAGAUGGUCAAGAGCGGGAGCACUUCCUAAUAGAUCUUCCUCUACCAAGACAACAUAUAUCAGCUACAGCAAUCAUUCAAUAUGAACAAGGAAAUGAUACCAUCAGAAGAAGUGUGGUAUCUGAUCUUAAAUAAUGAACAAGAGACUGCAAAAAUUCACUCCUGGAGAUCUCCGUAGACUACAACCAAUCAGAUCAAUAGUCAGUCUUGUAAGGAACAAAAUUUAGCCAAGAGCCAAAAGUAUCAAUAUUGGGGAACAAAGAAACCCAUUUUUUAAAAAUACAACCAAUGAGCGUCAAGCUAAAGUAUUGCUUACCUAUGGUCAAUUUAAAACAAACAAACAAAAAAAUCUCAAAAGGAAAACUAAUGUUAGCUUGUGAAAAAAAAAAUGCUGUUGAAAUAAACCAUGUCUGAUGUUAUUCUUGUAAGUAUUUUUCUGUGAUUGUGAGAACUCCCGUUCCUGUCCCACAUUGUUCAACUUGUAUAAGACUAUGAGUCUGUUUCUCGUAAUGGCUGACUGGAUUGAAGCCUUGGG